AUGCUGUAUUGUGAGCGUGUGUGUAUCAAACACUACCAGGAGGACCUGGGCGACCUGGUGCCCCCCCGGUGCCGGCCCGACCUGGAGGCGGGAAAACAGCUGCCGCGCAUCUUCGCCGACAUCCCGUCUCAUCUGGUGGGCGUCCCCCUGGAGGACAUCGACCAGUACUACUUCAAAGACAAGAGGACAUUCAUAUGUGGCCCCUUCUUAGUAAAGCUGUUAACAGAGUUUAUCAAAGUAGGGAACCUGCAGGCGCUGCGAACCUUUAGGGUGCUGAGAGCCCUGAAAACUAUCUCAGUCAUCCCAGUUUAUAUCCGUUGUGUCACACCCCUCUGUGUGUGUCUGUUCUUGUGCUUGUGUCUCCCGCCUCGUUGCAGAUAUGUGACUGAGUUUGUGGACCUGGGUAAUGUGUCAGCCUUAAGGACCUUCAGGGUGCUGCGAGCGCUCAAAACCAUCUCUGUCAUCCCAGGCCUGAAGACCAUCGUCGGCGCCCUGAUUCAGUCGGUGAAGAAGCUCGCCGACGUGAUGAUCCUCACCGUCUUCUGCCUGAGCGUCUUCGCCCUCAUCGGCCUGCAGCUCUUCAUGGGGAACCUGCGGCAGAAGUGCGUCCGCAGCACGGAGCACUGCGUCAACGGCAGCCUGGCGGCCAACACCACCUUCUACUGCAACAACAAGACCUGGGCCUCCGUCAGGGACUUCAUCAACGACGAGGAGACUCUAAAACAGACUCCGCAGCAUGCAGAGACUCUGAAACAGACUCCGGAGCAUGCAGAGACUCUGAAACAGACUCCGGAGCAUGCCGAGACUCUGAAACAGACUCCGGAGCAUGCACAGACUCUGAAACAGACUCCGGAGCAUGCAGAGACUCUGAAACAGACUCCGGAGCAUGCAGAGACUCUGGAACAGACUCUGGAGCAUGCCGAGAAUCUGGAACAUACUCUGGAGCAUGCCGAGACUCGACCAGACUCUGGAUCAUGCAGAGACUCUGAAACAGACUCCGGAGCAUGCAGAGACUCUGGAACAGACUCUGGAGCAUGCAGAGACUCUGGAACAGACUCUGGAGCAUGCCGAGAAUCUGGAACAGACUCAGAAGCAUGCCGAGACUCGACCAGACUCUGGAGCAUGCAGAGACUGACUAUACACCCAAAUCAACCUUCAUGUGGAGAUGCAGAGCUGGAGGAGGCCCAUAAGAAAUGCCACCCGUGCUGGUACGUCUUCGCCCACCAUUACCUGGUGUGGGAGUGCUCCCCCUUCUGGCUGCAGGUGAAGCAGCUGGUGAAGAUCAUGGUGAUGGACCCCUUCCUGGACCUGGCCAUCACCGUUUGCAUCGUCCUCAACACGCUCUUCAUGGCCAUGGAGCACUACCCCAUGACGGACGAGUUCAACGGCAUGCUGAGCAUCGGAAACCUGCUGAUACAUGACAUCAUCGUCUCAGCUGAUACAAGACCUCUGGGCCUAUCCACCCAGAUGUGGACCUGUCCACAUCUGGACCUGUCCACAUCUGGGCCAGACCUGUCCACAUCUGGGCCAGACCUGUCAGACCUGUCCACAUCUUGGUCAGACAUGUCAGACCUGUCCACAUCUGGGUCAGACAUGUCCACAUCUGGGUCAGACAUGUCAGACCUGUCCACAUCUGGGCCAGACCAGUCCACAUCUGGUCCAGACCUGUCCACAUCUGGAGUCCUGCCCCAGACCACCAGACCAGCUGCAGGUGUGCUGCUGAACCUCUUCCUGGCUCUGCUGCUCAGCAGCUUCAGCUCGGACAACCUGUCGGCUCCAGACGACGACGGCGAGAUGAACAACCUGCACAUCGCCCUCCACAGGAUCACCAGAGGCCUGGCCUGGUGCCGCAGACAGGUGGUGGAUUUCUUCAACGGGAACCUGAAGCGCCGUCGCCAGAAGAGGAAGGAGGCCAAAGCCAUGAUGAAGCUCAAACGCCUGAGCACCAUCCACACCGAGGCCAACGGGGCCGUCAUAGGCCGCCACGUAGAGAAGUACGUGGUGCCGGAGGAUGACAGCUACAUGACCAACCCCAACCUGACCAUCAGCGUCCCCAUCGCCCCCGGGGAGUCGGACGUGGAGUUCCCCGAGGAGGAGGAGGAGGAGGAGGAAGAGGUCCACUCUCAGGGUCCUCACCUGCAGGUGGUGGUGAACGCUCUGAUCGGGGCCAUCCCCUCCAUCAUGAACGUGCUGCUGGUCUGCCUCAUCUUCUGGCUCAUCUUCAGCAUCAUGGGGGUCAACCUGUUCGCCGGCAAGUUCGGCCGCUGCGUGAACCGCACGGGCCACGUCUUCGAGUCCUCCUUCAUCAACAACAAGUCCGAGUGCGAGGCGCUCAACGACACCUCGCUCUACUACUGGACCAAGGUCAAGGUCAACUUUGACAACGUGGGCGCCGGAUACCUGGCUCUGCUGCAAGUGGCCUUCGAGGACAUCUACAUCGAGCAGAGGAAGGUGAUCAAGGUGGUGCUCGAGUACUCGGACAAGAUCUUCACCUACAUCUUCAUCCUGGAGAUGCUGCUCAAAUGGCUGGCCUACGGCUUCAAGAAGUACUUCACCAACUACUGGUGCUGGCUCGACUUCCUCAUCGUCGACGUCUCAUUGGUCAGUUUGGUGGCCAACACGUUGGGUUAUUCCGACUUUGCAGCGAUCAAAUCCCUGCGGACGCUGCGAGCCCUGCGUCCCCUCAGAGCCCUCUCCAGAUUUGAAGGCAUGAGGGCAACCUUCAAAGGCUGGAUGGAGAUCAUGUACGCAGCGGUGGAUUCACGAGCCGUGGAGGAGCAGCCCAUCAAGGAGGUCAAUCUGUACAUGUACCUGUACUUUGUCAUCUUCAUCAUCUUCGGCUCCUUCUUCACCCUCAAUCUCUUCAUCGGUGUCAUCAUCGAUAACUUCAACCAGCAGAAGCGGAAGUUAGGAGGACAGGACAUCUUCAUGACGGAGGAGCAGAAGAAAUACUACAACGCCAUGAAGAAACUGGGCUCCAAGAAACCUCAGAAGCCCAUCCCCCGGCCUAUGAACUCUCUGCAGGGCUUCUUCUUCGACCUGGUGGCGAAGCAGGCGUUCGACAUCAUCAUCAUGGUGCUGAUCCUGCUGAACAUGAUCACCAUGAUGGUGGAGACGGACGAGCAGUCGCCCCAGAUGGAGUACAUCCUGAACAACAUCAACCUGGCCUUCAUCGUCAUCUUCUCCCUCGAGUGCCUGGUGAAGAUCGUGGCGCUGCGCUGCUACUUCUUCACCGUCGGCUGGAACAUCUUCGACUUCGUGGUUGUCAUCCUCUCCAUCGUCGGUAUCGUGCUUGCUGACAUUAUUGAGAAGUACUUUGUGUCGCCGACGCUGUUCCGGGUGAUUCGACUGGCCCGUAUUGGACGGGUUCUGCGUCUCAUCCGAGGCGCUAAGGGCAUCCGGACGUUACUGUUCGCCCUCAUGAUGUCCCUCCCCGCUCUCUUCAACAUCGGGCUGCUCCUGUUCCUCGUCAUGUUCAUCUACGCCAUCUUCGGCAUGGCCAACUUCGCCUACGUGAAGCGGCAGUCGGGGAUCGACGACAUGUUCAACUUCGAGACAUUCGGGAACAGCAUGAUCUGCUUGUUCCAGAUCACCACGUCGGCCGGCUGGGACAGCCUGCUCAGCCCCAUCCUCAACAACUCCCCCGAGGAGUGCAACGCCAGCAUCCCCCACACCGGCACCACCGUGCGCGGGAACUGCGGGAACCCAUCGGUGGGCAUCACCUUCUUCGUCACCUACAUCAUCAUCUCCUUCCUCAUCGUGGUGAACAUGUACAUCGCCAUCAUCCUGGAGAACUUCAGCGUGGCCACGGAGGAGAGCACCGAGCCGCUGAGCGAGGACGACUUCGAGAUGUUCUACGAGGUGUGGGAGAAGUUCGACCCCGAGGCAACGCAGUUCAUCGAGUACGCCAAGCUUUCGGACUUUGCCGACUCGCUGUCGGAGCCGCUGCGCAUCAGCAAGCCCAAUAAGAUCAAGCUGAUCUCCAUGGACCUGCCUAUGGUCAGCGGGGACAAGAUCCAUUGCCUGGACAUCCUCUUCGCCUUCACCAAGCGAGUGCUGGGCGAGUCGGGUGAGAUGGACGCGCUAAAGCAGCAGAUGGAGGAGAAGUUCAUGAUGGCCAACCCGUCCAAGAUCUCCUACGAGCCGAUCACGACGACCCUGCGGCGGAAACAGGAAGACGUCUCGGCCACGGUGAUCCAGCGGUGCUACCGCAGACACCUGGUGAGGCGGCAGCUGAAGGCCGCGUCCUACUUGUACCGCCAGAUCACCACGCCUCGGCACGUGGGCGAGGAGGACGGAGGCGAGGAAAUGUUCGGGGAGGACGCGCCGGAGAAGGAAGGGCUCAUCGCCGCCAUGAUGAGGGAAAACUACGGCUCCAGUCUGUUGGCGAUCGAGCACUCCGAGACCUCGUCGCCGCCGUCGUACGACAGCGUGACGCGAGCCACGUCGGAGAUCUUUCACCCGCUCGCCGCCAAAACAGAAACGAUAGCCGCCGACACGGCGGGAAGCGACGCGAGCGAACAAUCCCCGUCGCUGGUCGGCCCUGACGGACGGCAGGAAAGCGUACCAUAG